AUGGGAGGGUACUACUUCCGCCCCGGCACCGGCUCAGGGCGCCGCAAGUGGCAGGUGUACCUUCCCGGGGGUGGUUGGUGCGUCACUGUUGCAGAAUGUGUUGAGAGGGCGGGCACAGGAUUCGGGUCCACAAGAGGAUACCCAUCCACCCCAGCGGCCGAGCGUGGUUUGGCGGCUGUGCUCGAAGACCUCCAGCACCACCGUGGAUUUGGCGCUGCCUCCCAGAUUUUGCUUUCGGGCAGCUCGGCUGGCGGGCAGGCCACGGCAAACCUCUUAGCCAUCCCAGUAGCCAUCUCAGUAGCCAUCUCAGUAGCCAUCCCAGUAGCCAUCUCAGUAGCCAUCUCAGUAGCCAUCCCAGUAGCCAUCUCAGUAGCCAUCUCAGUAGCCAUCCCAGUAGCCAUCCCAGUAGCCAUCUCAGUAGCCAUCCCAGUGCACCUUUCGUGCGGUGGCACGGAAAUUGACCUGGCUGCAUCGUCCGUUCAACCCCACCUGCUCCCAAGCCGCCAGGCGAUCCGAGCAAUGGAAGUGCUUCUUCCUACAGCACACCCUUCUCAACAUCUCCACUCCAAUCUUCCUCUUCCAAACCCCAUUUGA